AUGGCCAACACUACCGCUCAAGAUCGCUUGAAUCAGCUGUUUUUCAACCAAGCACUUCCACCUGCUCCAACUCCUGGUCAACCUCACUUCUCAGCAAAAGAGCUCGAACAAAGAGAAGCGAAAGACCAACAGCCUCUGAGGAUCCCUGGAACUGCUCAAUAUCCCAGAGAGACCAAAUCACCCAAAAAGCAACAACCGCAAAGAGACCCUUUGAUUCUUACCAGCUCCGAUGACGACGACGAUUAUGUUUCAGCCUUCAAGCAGAAACCCUCCAUGAAACCUCCUCCAAAAAUAUCACAGCCAAAAGCAAGCUUCGGUGAAAAUCCCAAGGAUGUCGUGACUGCCCCCAACGGCCCCAUUCAGUAUCUUGCCAAGGGCAAGAUCUCCAAAAGCGAGCCCUUCUGGACCGUGAAUGAGCACUCUGACUCUGACAACGAGGCGCUACCAACAGCAGACAGGAAGGGAAAUCCGGUUGUAGGACACUUCUGUCAAUUCGCGCUGGCUGCAAAAUUCCCCUACAAAUACAUGAACGAUGUCAAUGAUCGUGUCUCGCGCCACUUCUUCGCGUCUAAUAAAUUCUACAAUCGGACCUGGGACCUCCACUACCUCCAUCCUCCACUCGGCUUGAGCGCGAGACCGAUCAUCCUCGUCCCACAUGCACAGGUUCAGGAGCUCAUUAGAGAAAUUGGAGAGGCCUUCAAAAUUCCGGUGUCAGUACCAGGGUUCCCUUUUACUCUCACAUUUUACAAGGACGGAACCCCCAAACCUCAAUAUUUAGGCCAGACACACUCUAGGGAAGAAGCACAAGAAAUAAAGAACAGGAUCCCUGAGGCUCCUCCUGACCACGGUGAAUGUCCCCAUGAUGCUUCACCUGAAACCAAACAGCUCUUUAAGGACUUCGAGGAUAAGUGUCAAGCUGCCAUCGUGGCCGCAGCCAGGACCAAAGGUGGGCGAGGCAAAAAGAAGAGGGAAGAUGACCGUUUGGUCUCAGUAAGAGAUUGGUAUGUGCAGUUAAGAAGGGCUCAGAGGUAUAUGGGCUUGCGGCGGAAGACUGGCCAGAUUCAACAACCAGACCCAAACAUGCCAUGGGACGAACAGGAAAAAUUCCGUCUACAACAGUUGAAGACCGCCCACUUUAUUUCUAAUCCGCUCGACCUUAGGGCUCCGGUUCCCCAUCCUUUUGAAGCAGAGGUCGUCUUCAUUGCGGUUGAUGUCGAGGCAUAUGAAAGAGCCCACAACCUUAUCACAGAGAUUGGAAUUAGCACUCUGGACACGCUCGACCUUGUCAACAUCCCUCCAGGUCUAAACGGCAAGAAUUGGAUGGAUCAAAUCCGCUCUCGACAUUUCAGAAUCAGUGGCAGGGAGCAUCUAGUCAAUAAAGAUUUUUGCAUUGGACAUCCGAACUCAUUCCAAUUCGGCAGGUCUGAAUGGGUUGAUCUCAAAGAUGCCGUGACUAAGGUGGAGAGUUGCUUUGAGUGGCCAUUCUCUGUUGAUCACAAGCAUCCCAGCCUCGUUGAUCCCUGGGGUGUCGAGCCAGCCAAUCCCGCGAAAGAGAACAAGGCCUGCGAAGCAACUUCUACCAGUUUCGCAGGGGUCAGUAUGGGUCCGACCAAUGCUGAACAGGACGCUGCGAACAGAGCAGCUGUUGCCAGCGUUCUAUAUGGUAUUGGGGAUCAGGAUGCCAUCAAACAUGCCAUCACACUUGCCGAAACAAUCAAACCAGGCACGGAAAAUUUGCAGCGUGGAUCAAAAGAGCGCAAUGUCAUUUUGGUCGGUCAUGAUAUUGGGACGGACCUUGCGUAUCUCAAAGAUCUCGGAUCCAAGAUGUUCACGCCUUCUCGGGCUACGUAUCCCAUUGCCGCUAUGGAUAUCAUGGCCAACGGAGAAGGUGGUUCCAAAACAUUGGCCUCUAUCAUCGAGUCACUUGACACGGCACCGUUGUAUCGAAUCCUGAAGGAAGAGACCCAGCACCGUAAUCUUGCUUCGAUAAUGAAAGAUUUGGGCCUUCCAUGCUACUUCCCUCACAAUGGUGGGAAUGAUGCACGGUACACGCUAGAAGCGCUGAUAGCAAUGCUGAUUAAGGCACGACUGAAAGAUGACAAGGAGCAGAAGAAAGAAGCAGACACAGAAAGACGGCAAAAAUCGGGUUGGAACGACAGUUGGAACCAAGACUUGGCUGCGAACGACGAUCCAGGACGGCCACACUCUCCAGAUGACCGUCAGCGGAAGACAGGGAAUCUCGACCCUUUUGAGGCCGCUAUCCUGGAUUCGCCCGGGUCUGAAGCAUCCCCUCGACGCCAGAGAGAUGAGACUAUUGCUGCGGUGGUGGAAAGAUUGAAGUUGGAUACGACCAUUGAUGAGGAACAACCAAAGCGUCGUUUCCACUAA